CGUUUGGGAGCUUCGCGGGAAAAAGUCCCAAAACAAACCGACUAUGUUCCGAUGAUGGACACGAGAGCUGCUACAACCAGCUAACGAUAACUGGACAACGUUACUGUCCGCUGCAAACGACUAAUAUCCCGCGAACCCACCGUCGAUAACGGAUAAACGCCCAUCUGAAGCUAAAUCUACUUGUUGUUUAAGUUUCAGAAGCUCUGGGCAAAAUAUAACACUGUCAGCGGGGGAACGAAAAGUGAGCCUGGACGAUAGCCUUUCAACUGUUAAUGCUUAAGUUUCCUCGGUGAAAAUGGCGGAGCGGCCGGAGGACCUGAAUCUUCCCAACGCGGUGAUUACCCGCAUCAUCAAGGAAGCGCUCCCGGAUGGAGUAAACGUAUCUAAAGAAGCCAGGAGAGCCAUUUCUCAGGCGGCUAGCGUGUUUGUGCUGUACGCAACCUCCUGUGCAAACAAUUUUGCCAUGAAGGCAAAGAGAAAAACUCUGAACGCCGGAGACGUGCUGGCAGCCAUGGAGGAGAUGGAGUUUGAACGAUUCCUGGAGCCACUCAGAGAAGCUCUGGAAGUUUACAAAAAGGGCCAGCGAGGGAAGAAGGAGGUGUCGGAGCAGAAGCGCAAAGACAAAGAGAAGAAAGUCGACUCCGAGAACGACAAGAGCAGGGAGGAGGAGGACGAAGAGGAAGAGCGAAUGGAAGAGGACGCUGAAGCUGAGAACGAAGCAGACGAUGAGGAGGUGGAGAACUAAAGUGGUUUUCAACCAGCAGCUCCGCUGACAUGAACAAUAAAAGGCACCGUCUGGCCACGAUGACGCUUUUAUACGACACUGCCUUGAAUUGUAGCAUCAGUUUAUAGACUUCCCACCUUGUCUUCCAACCAUGAGCACAAAGGCAACAGUCUGGUCUGUUUGUUUGAUUUCAACUUUUUUUUCUACAUUGAUGUUAGAUUAACACUUUGGUUCAGGAAAUAAAAACGCUGGUAAAAAAAAAAAAAAAAGUCCCUGUUUAGCUGUGGUAUCAGGUCCAACAGUACUACACUUCAAACUGACCCAGAGAGCCUUAGCAACAGUCUUCUCAGUCAAUGACCUUUGACCUGCUGCACCCCUGAUGGAAAUGACUGAUGUCUAAGACCUGACACAGGUGGUCACAUGAUACUGGACCAGUCUGAGACCAGACAUCAGCACUGGUCUGUGUCCUUCUGUUAAAGUGUAAAGUAGUUUCUCAUCAGGUUCAAUUAAAUGUUUUUCCUGCAUUUAUACUAAUAAUGAACUGAAUCCAUGUUCAUUAGUGUUGUUUACAGUCAAUUCUUUCCUUCCAACAGUUACUAAACAUGGCUUAGAGAUUCUUCCCAUGUUUUUUCAGUAUGUCUAAAGAAAAAAAGUAUUUUUUUGGAUUACUGUUCAACUUGAAUCCAUUUUCAAUAAAUAUUUUUUAUGAAAUCAAAACCACCAGAUAUUCAUUUUUACAGGAUCAAGUUUCUUUACCUACAGAAGUCUUGGACAACAUCAAGGUGAUUGAUUGUUAGUCAAUUUCCAGCUACCUGUGAUUAAUCAGACUGAAACAUUAAAUCCUGAAACCUCCAGAACAAAGAAAAACAAAUUAAUUUUGAACAAAAACAACUUUAUUUGUCCAUUUAUUCUGAGGGACACUCCACUUUGCCACUGUUGAUGUCGUCGAUGACGUCGUGGGGAGGACGACCAUCGAUGGUGCAGCC